AUAGGUACAAUCCAUGGACUUAAUAUACGGUAGUACUUAUUAGUUCCAUGGUACAAUCUUAUAUAGGAUCUGUUUGUUACUAAAACUAAAAUGUCUAAUUGUCAGUCAAAUUGAAUACUAAAAUUACUUGAUUUUCCGAUUUUUUCCCUACACGACAAGAAUGUGCAUUUUUACAAACUAAAAUGAACAAACAAAAACGGUCACAAAUAGCUGGAACUUCAAAGCAGUCAGGACCAGACUUAAACAAUAUUCCCAUGUCGAGGCUACUCAAAAGUAAGAAACAAGCCAGAAGUAGAAUAAAAAAGACCCCUGUUAAAAGAACUAUGAACAGAAGACCAUGUUCUCAAAAUAAAGCAAUGCCUACAUUUAAAGAUUUGGAAAAAAUGUUUGAAGAUCCUGCAGUGCCUACUACUCUUGUAGUCAACCAAAAUAGUAAUAAUACAAGUGUAACGACAACAGAGGAUAAUAAAGUAUUAGAGGAAAACAAAACAGACAAUGUGAGUAUGGAAAAAAGUGAUAUAACUAGUAAUACUGACAACCCCCAACUGAUUAAUGACAGUAUAGUUGAGAAUCAUGAUAAAACAUGUGAUAAUUCUAUACCAACAAUCAGUUUUAUAGAAACUGUGAUGCCAAAAGCAAUAGACUGUAAUGAAAUUAUUACUAUAGAUGAUGAUGAGCUAGAAUUAAUUGAAUAUGAUAGAAAAAGGAAGGUUUCUUCUCCUCAAAAUAAUGCUGAAGUUAAGUUAGAAGACCUACAUGGUGAAAAACCGCUAAAAUUAAGGAAACUUGAUAUACCAAAAGAAGACAUUGGGUCUGACAGUGAUGUUACAGUUGUGUAUGAUCUAGAAGGCCCUCCUGCGUUAUCUCCUAUCAGUAGUUCUCCAUACAAGAGGUUUUCACCUUUACCCAGUACCUCGACAGAUAGUGAAACUAUUCUGAAGAAUGACAAAAUCUUCUUGGAAUGCUUGUCUGCCAAUAACUCAACUAUAGAAAUAGAAGACCGAGAGGUAAAUACAAGAAAUAAUCAAGAAUUACCAAUUGUUAUUGAUGAUGAUUAUGAAUUACCUUUCGUCAGUAUUAAUACUAGAAGUGAAGACUCACAGCUUGUAAUAGACGUUGAUGAUGUAGCCUCAACCAGCACUAUUGAUGUUGAUAUAGACAUAGAUGAAAUAAUAGCACACAAUAGAACUAUACUAACAAAAUAUAAGACUGUUGACAACCUGCCAGCAGUUAUUGAAGUUUCACCAGUUCAAAACAUUACUAAUGUUACACAUGAUUUGUCAAGUGUUGAAAUUGAAAUUCCGCCCAGGCAGGCAACUAAGCAAAGAAUUCAACCUUCAACUGCAACAGAUUUAAGCUCUACAAACGAAUCAAUUAACAACCCUACAGUUAAUGCAAUGUCCAGGGAAGGUUUAUCAGGAACUAGCACCCAAUCUACAAAUGUUACAAAUAGAGCAAUUAGCAGUACUCCAUUAAUAAAUCAUAUCCAUUCUUCAAGUAAUGCUUUAAGAAACUCAUCGAAUAGCAAUAUUUUGAAUAAUUCUAAUCCACAAACGAAUGUGUCACAAACUUCAAGUAUAUCUAAUAGUUCCCAAGGUCCGGAAGUUUCUGUCGGUUUGAACUGUCCGAUCUGUUUAGACAACCUCCGAUCAACAGAAUGUGCAUCAACACUAUGUGGCCAUAUCUUCUGUAUGGACUGUAUAAAACGGGCUCUUAGAAGCUCCAGAAAGUGUCCUACAUGUAGAAAAACUAUUAAGGGCAAUAAUGGGUAUCACAGGCUCUUCCUAUAAUGUAACUUAAAUAUUUACAUUGUUGAUUAUACUAGAGGUAAUUUUAUAAUCAACAAUGUAAAAAAAUCAACUUUAUAAUAUUAUAAA